AUGGCUCGCUAUACCCAUUCCCCCUCUGGCUCUAUCACUGGCUCUAUCACUGGCUCUACCCGAUCCCUUUCUGCUACCCCCUCUCCUGCCAACGAUCCCCUCUUCUUCACCUAUCUGAUCGAUAAGCGAUUCGGGCUUGACAAGACCAACGAUGGUCCUAUGGACGAGCAUCAAGCUUGGGCCAUGAACUACAACAGGCAGCACAACCCUCAGCAGAUCCAGUCUACCCAGCAGUACGAUCAGAUUGCUGCUCUUCAGGGCAUGACCUCUGGUCUCUUUGCCGCGCCCCAAGACCCCCAGCUCAUUCGCAACGUCGGUCAGGCUCAGCAGCUUCUUGCAGCUUCUACCCUUCCCACUGGUGCUCAAGUCCUGGGGGCCGAGAUUCUUCAUGCUCAGGGUUGGUCCCAAGAGGCUGUUGCCAACCAGGUUCAAUACCAGCUGCCUGGCCAAGUCGCCGCUGAAUCUGCCCCCCGUCUUGCACUCCGCCCCAAGACCCGUGCUCAAGCUCGUCGCAGCAAGGCUACCCCAUCAUCCUCUACCCUCUCCCUCUCCAUUCGACUCAAGCCCUCCCCCACCCUGACCAACGAUCAAAUCCGCCAGCUGGUCGAGUUUAUCGAGUCGAACCCCAACGCUCGUCGUACUCCCAUGGCCGAUAUCCCCUCAGUCCUUGGCUUUGACUGCUCUGAGCAAACCAUCAUCACUGCGCUGGGCCGCAAGGGCUUCAAGUCUUUACCCGCCAUUACCCGUCCUCGCAUUGAUGAAAAGACCCGACAGAUGCGUCUUCACUUUGCCCAGAGCUACCGUCAUUUCACAGCUGAGCAGUGGGAAAGUGUCGUCUUUUACGCUGAGAUGCGAGUUCCCCUCAAGGAACAGCCCCAGCAGGUCUUUGUCACUCGCAAGUCAGACGAGGAUAUCCACCCCGACUGCGUCAACUUUGAGCCCGUCGCUCCCACUGAUUACACCAACAGCAACGUCUACUUUGCUCACCUUUCUGGUGUCGCUGGCCUUGGCCGUCUUCGAUCUUGGAACCGCCACAGCAGCAGAGUGCAUGGCCCUCUUAGCCCUGAGAGCUGGUACCUCAACAUCUUUCCCAGCCUCGUCGACUUUCUCCAAGACCACUCAGGUGGCCCUCGCUUUGCACUCUCCCCCGACCUCCCCGCCCACUGCAAUGUCACUAUCAGGGACGAGCUCCGAAGUGGCCACAAGCCUGUCCUUUACAUGCCCCCAGCAUCCCCCGACCUCAACCCCAUCACUGAAAUCUUUGGCACCAUGAUGGCUAACCUCAAGGUCGACAAGGCCAACUCCCUCUUUGGGGAUGUCACCGACUACAGGAUCGACGACGUUGUCCGAGACACUUGGCAGGGUAUCUCCAAGGAGUACCUGAGCGAGCUGAUCGGAAGCAUGUCCGAGCGAUGCCAGGCCGUCAUUGACGCCGACGGAUGGUAUACACGAUACUAA